CAGCCUCAGGGUCUUGGCCUCGACAUGUUCUCGAAUCCUCUCACCAGAACGAGUGUAGUACGAACCUUAGACAUCCUCAACAUGUGUUGAGAUCCACAAGCAUGAAGAGUUUGAAUUCUAGCAGAACUGAUAUAUAAAGCAGGCAUUUGUUGUUCGAACUGCAUCACCACCAGCCACAUCCGACUAAAACUCCUUUGAACUCUAUAAUCCAACAUGUACCUCCCAACCUUCCUCAUCCUCGGGCUGAGCGCCACUGUCUCCGCUCUACCGCCCACAUCCCGCCGCGCAUGCACUUCCUACCGCACGGUCUCCGACCCGGGCUUCUACGCCUCGGCCUCCCUCCCCUCGGCGGACUUCCCUGACGAUCCGCCCUACUUCGAAAACCAAAUCCUCGAAUUCCAGCCCUCCUUUACCUCCACCAGCACGUGCACGCUCUUCGGCAACUUUGAGCGUGGGUUCCCCGUCCGCGUGGACGGCAACGCGGCCCCCAAGCUCAAUGUAUACCAGCGGCACAGCAGCACGGAUAAGAAGCUUGUGGGGACUUUUGCGGCGCUGGAGUUGGAUGAGCAGGGCGAGACGACGGAUAUAGUGAGCAGUCCAAUCGCGACGUUCAAGUGUCAGGAGGGGACGGUGUUUGAAUUUGAGGUGGCACUGAGUGGGGCGGGGAGUUGGGCGAGUGUUGCGUUUGAGGAGGAUGCGGAGAGUGGGUUUUCAGUGUUGGCUUGUUAGCAUGUAAUGACGGUGGUAUUCAGUGAUGUUGUAGGCCGAGGAGUGUAAUUAUGAUCGUAGAUAGCCUUCGCAAU